AUGAACCGAGUUGUCGGAGAACAUUCCAGAGGCCGGACUCCGCACCGCCAGGCUCGGAACCCAGGUGGCCGAGCCACCCUCCACCCCACCGCUGGCUCGGCCGGCCCCGGGGCCAACCCUGCCUCUCCACGGCCGCCCCGCCGCUCCCCGCCUCCACCCGCCGCCGCCCGGCCUGCGUCUCCCCGCCCCCGACUCCUCCCCGUUCCUCCUCUCCUCCCCUCCUCUUCCUCCCGCUCCCCUCCCCCAGCCGCCUCCCUCGCUCCCCCUUCUCCCUCCUCCCUCCUCUCGCACACACACCCCCGCUUGGGCCUCCUCUCUCUCUCUCUCCGGCUCCAUUUUCUCCGCCGCCGGGGGCCGGGGUCUCCUGUGGGGGUGCCCAGGCGGCACCCCGGGUCUCCCCUUCAGUGCCGGGGUGAACCCCCGAAGGGAGCCGGGAGGCGGGUUGCCGGGCGGGGUUGGGGCGGAGGGAGCAGCGGCCCCAGCGAGUUUGGGGGGGAAGUCACCCGGCGGGGGGAGGGGCGAGCAGGGAGGGGGCCUCAGGGCCCCCCCCCAGCUAUGGACGAGCGGCUGCUGGGGCCGCCCCCUCCGGGCGGGGGCCGUGGGGGUCUGGGGCUGGUAGGUGGGGAGCCCGGGGGCCCUGGCGAGCCUCCCGGUGGCGGAGACCCCGGUGGGGGGAGUGGGGGGGUCCCGGGAGGCCGAGGGAAGCAAGACAUCGGGGACAUUCUGCAACAGAUAAUGACCAUCACCGACCAGAGCCUGGACGAGGCCCAGGCCAAGAAACACGCCCUAAACUGUCACCGAAUGAAGCCUGCCCUGUUUAGUGUCCUGUGUGAAAUCAAGGAGAAAACUGGCCUUAGCAUUCGCAGCUCCCAAGAGGAGGAGCCAGUGGACCCACAGCUGAUGCGCCUGGACAACAUGCUUCUGGCAGAAGGUGUGGCUGGACCCGAGAAGGGGGGCGGCUCUGCAGCGGCAGCUGCAGCCGCGGCAGCCUCCGGAGGUGGCGUGUCCCCGGAUAACUCCAUCGAACACUCGGACUAUCGAAGCAAGCUUGCCCAAAUCCGCCACAUCUACCACUCAGAACUGGAGAAGUAUGAGCAGGCAUGCAAUGAAUUCACAACUCAUGUCAUGAACCUGCUGAGGGAGCAGAGCCGCACUCGUCCUGUGGCCCCCAAGGAGAUGGAGCGCAUGGUGAGCAUUAUCCACCGGAAGUUCAGCGCCAUCCAGAUGCAGCUGAAGCAGAGCACCUGUGAGGCCGUCAUGAUCCUGCGCUCUCGAUUCCUGGAUGCCAGGCGAAAACGCCGGAACUUCAGCAAACAGGCCACUGAGGUCCUGAAUGAAUAUUUCUACUCCCACCUGAGUAACCCCUACCCUAGUGAGGAAGCCAAAGAGGAGCUCGCCAAGAAGUGCGGCAUCACCGUCUCUCAGGUACUCCGGGGGCUUCGGAGACGUUACUGGGAGAGGGGUCCUGGAGAAAGGGUUCCACUUGACCCUCUCCGCCCAACACCGCAGGUUUCCAACUGGUUUGGUAACAAGCGGAUCCGCUAUAAGAAAAACAUCGGGAAGUUCCAAGAGGAGGCAAAUAUCUAUGCUGUGAAGACAGCCGUGUCCGUCGCCCAGGGCGGCCACAGCCGCACCAGCUCUCCAACGCCCCCUUCCUCUGCAGGCUCUGGCGGCUCUUUCAAUCUCUCAGGAUCCGGAGACAUGUUUCUGGGGAUGCCCGGGCUCAAUGGAGAUUCCUACCCUGCUUCCCAGGUGGAAUCUCUCCGACACUCGAUGGGGCCAGCGAGCUAUGGGGAUAACAUCGGGGGAGGCCAGAUAUAUAGUCCUCGAGAAAUGCGGGCCAAUGGUGGCUGGCAGGAGGCUGUGACCCCGUCCUCGGUGACAUCCCCGACAGAGGGACCAGGAAGUGUUCACUCUGACACCUCCAACUGACCUUGCCCCUCAAGGUCACAGGGUUGGGGGCUCCCACCAGGCAACUCUUGAGGAGGACUCUGGGCACCUAGAGGACUAACCCCACAGAAGCACAAAACAGGGCGAUUGGGGUUGUGCCCUCCCCAACUAGACACUCGGUGCUGGGGUGCUGACUACAUGGCAGGGAGAGUGGGGUGUCUCCGUUUCUUUUCUCCCCCUCCACGAAAAACAGAUACUUAUUUCUCAGAUAUCUCUCUUAAAUCUACAACGUAAUGCCAAUUGUGUUUGGCUUGGGCUCCCCCUACUUCUAUUCCCCACCCCACUUGUAUACUCUGGAAUCUGAAGACGUCAGCCCUGCCCGACCCAGAGAUGCCAAAAAUGGGGACUCUUGGACAGAGGCCCUGGGACGACACCCCCUCCCCCAUGCAUCCCCACCUUCUGCCCCUCCAGACGGCUUUAUUACCUCAUACGCAGCUCAUCUUAAACCAAUAGAAUCGCUCGGUGGACAAGAGUGUCUGACUCAGAUAUCUACCUCGGAGGGACUUUCUGCUACUUUAGAGAAUUGUUGACCAGGUUUUGAAGUUGGACUUUUUUUUUUUUUUAGAAAAGAAACCCUGAAUCUGUAUUUUUUUUUUUUGUUUGUUUUGUUUUUGUUUUUGUUGGUAGUGGUGAUCAUUAAUUUUUUAAUAGUUUGAAGAAGUAGGGUUUGGGGUGUGUAUGUGGGUGUGUGUGUGUAUGUUUUAAAUAAACAUGCUGAUUUAUUUUUGUUUACCCACUCGAGAAGUAAGCGCCAAAGGGGCCUAGUAAGAGAACAGACAGCGCUGGUGGUGGCUAUUUGCUCCAGGCCUACCAGUGGGGAAGUGGAUUUUGCGGGACACCGUGUCCUCAGCCUGGACACUUAGGUGUUUCUUAGCUUGUGCAGCCAAAUCCCUGCUGUAUCUGAUGUGGAUCACGAUGCAGCUGUAGCCUCCUGUCUCCCCCCACACCUCCCCAGUAACCUUUGGGCAAGGCUGGACUGAACUCAGUGAUUUUUGAAAAAGUCAAAAAGCUUUCGGUUUUGUUUUUUAAACUGUUUGCAGAAUGGAGAAGAUCGAUCAGGAAGGGGAGUUCUUGCCAAAUACGCUAAAUACGGGCUGGGUGCUUCUCUACGUGUCUCCGCCAGUUUCCCAGAAAUAAGUCUUUCUAUUCAGUUCUUAAUCUCAUGCCAAAAUCAAGGGGGUGGGGAGAGGAGGGAGGUCAUGCAAAGCCAGGUAUGAGGGAAGAUUAAAAGUGUCUCAUCUCAGCCCGGAACCCUUCUAUCUGACCCUUCAGACAUCCUCAGGAUCUUCCAGACCUGUCACAGUGGGAACCCCUCCCAUCAGUGGCCCAGGCGGGCCGGAGGGAGUGUGUGGAGAGGGCGGUGGGAGGGUGCCAGGGGCAGUUUCUCUCCUCACUUGUAAACUUGUAGAUUCACAAAAAAAGAAAUGGCAGUUUUAAAUAAAGAGAUUUCUUUUUCCCCUGGG